CGGCAAGUGUGGGGUAGUACGGUAGACGGAAAAGGAGAUAGGCUAGGUUCUAAAACACGGUUGACGUUUGUUCAAUGGCUGGAGAACCAAGGGUUAUUGGAUGAGAUACUUUUGAUUAGAAACCCAGGAUUAACUGAGACAUGGAAUGUAGUCUUGUGGUGGUGGUGGUUGAUGUUAACCCAGUGUGGUGGGGACUUCAAAAUGGUGCAAAUGAUAAAGGGCUGACAUUGUUUGAGUGUAUGGAUCAUGUACUGGCUUUUAUCAACUCUCAUGUAAUGAUGAAUCAAAACAACAAAGUUGCUGUUAUAGCAAGUCACACAAAUGAGAGUCGCUUUCUUUAUCCUGGAAGAGAGGCUGAUGUUAAAGCAGAUGAUGGAGGAAGAGAAGUGCGAGAUGGGAAAUAUGAACACUUUGCUAAUAUCAACGACACAGUGCAAGAGGAAAUAAGAAAGCUCAUUGUAGAAAAUCCUACUGUAGGGCAUACAGAUACAUUGCUUGCUGGUUCUCUUGCAAUGGGACUUUGUUAUAUCCACAGAGUUCAAAAAGCAUGCCAAGCUGGACAGAAGAUUAAUUCAAGGCUAUUGGUCAUUAAAGCUGCCGAUGACAAUGCUUCUCAGUAUAUGAAUCUAAUGAAUGUUAUCUUCACCGCACAGAAACAGAGCAUUCCAGUUGAUGCCUGCAUUUUGGAGAAGGACUCGGGCUUAUUACAACAGGCCUGUGACAUAACCAAUGGUGUAUACCUCCAGAUACCUCAGAUUAAUGGUCUUCUGCAAUAUCUGCUGUGGGUAUUCCUGCCUGAUCCAAGCCUUCGAGAAACUCUUGUAUUACCUCCAUCUAUUCAUGUGGACUACAGAGCUGCCUGCUUCUGCCAUCGUACACUCAUAGAUAUUGGUUAUGUCUGUUCAGUUUGCUUAUCAAUUUUCUGUACGUACAGUCCCAUCUGUUCCACUUGCCACACUGCUUUUAAGUUGAAGACUGCUCCUGUAUUAAGAGCAAAGAAGAAGAAGAAAACAUCUCUGCCAGCCACCUGAUUGCUUCAACAAAUAAACAACUGCAAUGCACAGGCUUAGUAUGUUUGAUCCCCCCCCCCUGCUUACUCUUGAAAUGUUGCACAUUUAGGAAAACACAACAGUUGUACCUUUGUUACUUUCAGACCACCCAACAGACCAAUAGUUUAAAUUGCUCUAUUCAGUGAGUGAUGAUGCAAAUUAUGACAAAGUGUUAAUUUCCCUGAGUUAUACUACUUAGUUCAAUGUGAAAAAUAUUCAGACCUACCAACAGACCAAUAGUUUAAAAUGCUCUAUUCAGUGAGUGAUGAUGCAAAUUAUGACAAAGUGUUAAUUUCCCUGAGUUAUACUACUUAGUUCAAUGUGAAAAAUAUUAUACCAUUCUAAAAAAUAUUUAUCUUAACAAGAAACAAUCUGCAAUUUCUGUCAACUGGGUUUUGCUGUCUAAAAUGAUAGGUAUUAAUUUAACAACAAACUAACAACCAUGUAUAAAACUGUCGCAUGAGCCUAUUAUCACAAUACCUAUGUGUGAUCUCAACUGUUUAUUAAACAGCCAAUAAAGGAUGAUCUCAAUGUGUAUAGAUGUUACAGUUUUCUAACAGCUGCAGUCCAUCCAGGAA